AACCAAGAGGGAUAGGGGGAGGUAUUAGUGUGCUUGAAUGACGACAGGUUCAGACAGUGUGACGAUUGUGUGUGUCAGAGUAAGGUGAGUAGAGCCCAGAACACAGCGAGCGAGUAAGAGCAGAGUCACGCGAAAACAGCCAGCAGGUUUCAAAGACUGGAUAAAGAUUGCUCCUGAGUUCACAAGACCAUGACUAUCGGCAGGAGCUCCAAAAAGAACAUGGCCCCUCGUUCUCCUCCUUUCCUGGACAAGGCUAGUGGAUUCUAUGGGCGCUUGGAUGAAGUGUGUGGAGACGGUGUACAGAGAGAGACCACAGAAGAGCAGAUAGGAACCUUGAACCGGAACAGCCAAGACAAUAGGACAGCUCCGAGCUGGAUAGAAGAGGAUGAUCAUGUGGUUGAUUUUAACCAGGGCAUGAUGGAUGACGAUGGGACCACUUUACUGAAGAGAAAGCCCAGCAGACUGAGUCGCCGCUGGAGCAGGAUGAGCUCCAGGAAGGCAAAAUAUGAUACAUUUUCCUCAGAGAAAGAACUGGGUAAGGAGACCAAUAAGUUCACCUCUGUUCAUCUAAACCCAGAGGUGCCACCACCAGCAUCCCAAACCCUGGAAAACAGCAGGGAACCAGAACCAACACUUGUCCAUUUCUCUGCGAGGGAGCAUGCUGACGACCAGAUUCUGAUCUCAGGGAAGAAGGAAGGAGAAGGGGAAAUGGAAGACACAAAAAAAGGGAAGAAGCCAGAAGGCAAACAUAACGGAGAGUCACUGGAAGUUGUAAAGAGAAACACUGUCAAGAAUUAUCGCAAGGCUGUGGACAGAGCUUUCCGUCGAGGAUGGGAGACUUUCGUUGCCAAUCUGUAUAGUGUGACACUGACACCUAUAUCAUCAAACUCUUCUUCAUCCACAACAUCAGACAAAAGUGAAUUGAACAGGAAUGGUGUUUUAGCAGAAUUCAGAUAAUAGUAGAACAGACUGAUUUGUAUUUUCAACUUGAUGAGUAAUUCAAAUUAUUCAUUUAAAUGUGCACAAAUAUUGAAUAAUGCAUGGUUGUUCUUGAAUAAAACUGAUACCCACUGAUCAUUAUGUAACUUGACAUGAAAGGUCAAUAUUUGAACUUUUUAUCAAUAUAUACAUUUGUUAUCACAGUGCUAAAGAGGCGUCUACUUGAUCUUUGUUCCCUUUGUAAGGAAACAUGAGGCCUAUAUGCUAUUAUGAUCUGACAUGGAAAGAUCUUUUUUAUUUCAUGUGAUAAAGUUUUUGAGCUGUGAACCGUGGCAGAGUUCCUGUACUUUGGAUAUGGGCAUGUAUUACAGUUUAUGUACCAAAGGGUUAACUCUUAAAAAAAGAAAAAAAAUUUGGGAGCUCAUGGAUUAAAAAAAAAAAGUAAUCAACAGGUAUCAUCACUGGCAGUGAAGUGUAUAAAUAACUGAGCCAAGAGAUGAAGUGAAUAUAUUAAUGUUUUUGGGACUUAUUUAUCUUCUAAAACUUGCUUGCUGAACCCAAUUUCCUAAUGUCAUGUAUUUGUUUGGUUUUGUUUUGUUUUAACAGCAUCAUGACGUCAAAGCAAUGAUAAUAAUUAAAAGGAAAAGUGAGACAAAAUCAA